CGACAAAUCCUAAAAUAUGUAAAUAAGUCAUUUUGAUAAGGUUUAAUGAAUUUAUUUUACAAAGUUAUUUGUGAUAAUAAUGAGCGAUUCUGUGACUACUGGAACGAAAACUGUUAGCGAUACUUCUGGAUCUGAAUCAACAGAGGUUCCUCUGGUCGUAGACCGAUGGACUAAUAACAUCAGCUACCGUCAACUUGUCCUGUCAAGCUGCAUAGGAAUCGCUCAGUUCUGGUGGCACCCCUACAUCCAUGACCUCACGAAGCUACUCCCGUUUCUCUUUCUCCACAAUGUGUUCAGCAUUAUCGUGGCGUAUCCCUUAUUUUAUCUAGAGCUUGCACUUGGAGUUGUCACAAAGAAGGGAGUUUUGAUGUGCUGGGACAUGGCGCCUGUCGCUAGAGGAAUUGGUUUCGCAAUGUUAAUAUGUGCUGCGUUCACUACAUUGGCGUUUGGUGUGGUUUGUGCCUGGAGCUUGGCGUUCACUGUUCACUCGAUGCAUACGUUCUUACCGUGGCUGCAUUGCGCUGCUGAGGUGACCCCCGCCUGCGCAUCGAGACAUCGACCAUUGCCUGAAGGAAGUGAAACCCCAGCGCAAUCUUUUUUUUACAAUUUCGUAUUGCAUCUCAAACGGAACGGACUUUCUGGAGGUUUUGGCAACGUGGUGACAGAGUUGACCAUUUAUUAUGUUAUAUCAUGGAUUUUAAUUUAUUUUAUUGCUUGUAAAAGACUAUACAGUUAUUCAAAGUUGGUAUACUUCAAAGACGUGUUGGCAUAUUUCGUGAUAGUAUGCUGUGCCUGUGGGGUCACCAUGUUAAGAGGAGCCAGUCGAAUGUUUCGGGAGUCUGAGUGGGGUAUCGUCUUCAACAACUUGCAGAUAUGGCGAGACGCUAUCGAAUUUUCGUUCAUGCAAAUGGUAAUAUCUCAAGGGACGCUUGUGAUGUUGGGCUCGUAUUGUCCCAAGCACAAACACAAACUCACGAGGACAGCUCUGUGUGCCUUCGCAGUGUCGAGGAGCUGCAGCACAGGAUCUGCGUUAAUAUUGGGCGCUGUGCACGGGGCGCUCACUGUGGACUAUGAUAAUAAGACUAAUCUCACUGGAGGUACUUCAGCGUCGUUCAUUCUCUGGUCAGACUUCGUAACUCGAAUACCUGGCAGUCAGGUCUGGUCGUUGCUUAUAUUCUUCACAAUAUUUGUGUUGGCAUUGUCUUCAACGGCAUUAUUAGUCCAGACAAUAAUGUCGACGUUCACUGGAAGGUUUAUUCGUAAAAUAAGAUGGGCGUUCCUGAUCUUUCUAUGUAUAUUAUUCUGUUUCAUUGGAAUUAUAACACUUUGCACACAGGGAGGACUGUACGGUCUAAACUUCCUGAUGAAAUGGCCUGUUUCGAAACCUCGAGUGGUGAUUGGAGCUAUCGUUGCAAUGGUUGUGUCAUACUUUUAUGGGCAAUCAACUUUCUGUGAAGAUAUUUUCUUUACCGUCGGGGAGUACCCUGGUAUUUUCAUAAGAGUUUGUUGGGCUGUGUCACCUUUCAUACUAUUAAGCUCGUUUCUAUCCGACGUCGCGUCGUGGACGCAGCCGGAUUCAGGCAUCGGAUGGGCGCUUGUGAUUAUCACGUUACUGCCAGUGAUGACGCUCAUGACUCUGUACCUGGUCUUCAAAUUCCGAGUCAGGAACAUGAUCAGCAAUGAGAAGUGACAAGAUUAUGUUUUGAACUAGAAAUGAAAUAAAUACACGCAUCUAUAGAAUGA